ACGGUGCAGAGGCGCCCCAGCAGCCGCCGCUAGUCAGUCGCCAACCCCUUCCCUGCCCGACCGCCGGCGCGACCAUGUCCCAUCACUGGGGAUACGGCAAGGACAACGGACCUGAACACUGGCAUAAGGACUUCCCCAUUGCCAAUGGAGAGCGGCAGUCCCCUAUUGACAUUGACACCAAAACGGCCAAGCAUGACCCUGCCCUGAAGCCUCUGACUACUUCCUAUGAUCAGGCGGUUUCUCGGAAGAUCCUUAACAAUGGUCACUCUUUCAACGUGGAGUUUGAUGACUCCAAGGACAAAGCAGUGCUGAAAGGAGGACCCCUGGAGGGCACUUACAGACUGGUUCAGUUUCAUUUUCACUGGGGCUCGAAUGACGGACAAGGUUCUGAACAUACUGUGGAUAAAGCAAAGUUCGCUGCAGAGCUUCACUUGGUUCACUGGAACACCAAAUACGGGGAUUUUGGAAAAGCUGCACAACAACCUGAUGGACUGGCUGUUUUGGGUAUCUUUUUGAAGAUUGGCAAUGCUUCACAGGGGCUUCAGAAAGUCCUCGAUGCACUGGGUUCCAUUAAAACAAAGGGGAAGAGCGCUGACUUCACUAACUUUGAACCUUGUUGCCUCCUUCCUGAAUGCUUGGACUAUUGGACCUAUCCAGGCUCUCUGACCACUCCUCCUCUUCUUGAAAGUGUGACCUGGAUUGUGCUCAAGGAACCCAUCACCAUCAGCAGUGAGCAGAUGGGGAAAUUCCGUAUACUUAACUUCAAUGCAGAGGGUGAACCUGAGGAGCUGAUGGUGGACAAUUGGCGCCCGGCUCAGCCCCUGAAGGGUCGACAAGUCAGAGCUUCCUUCAAAUAAGAUCCCCUGAGCUGUGUCCGAACAAUGAGCCUUCAGGUGUUUCUCUGUAGCUAAGGACAAACCGACCUUGGUGAUUUGGACCCUGGCUUCUUUGUAUCUGGUCUUCUAGACCCUUCACCUCUCACCUGACGUGCUUCCUAAUAAAAUGUGAAGAGCGAGACCAAA